AAAAAGCCCUCCAUCUUGCUCUAGUUGAAAGAAAUGGCAGCUACCUCAGCUUCCAAAUGGGUUUCACUACUCAUCGUUUCAUUUCUGCUAUGUAUCGACUUCACAAAAUGCAGCGUAACCUACGACAAGAAAUCUCUCAUCAUCAAUGGCAGAAGAAGAAUCCUCAUGUCUGGUUCUAUACAUUAUCCAAGAAGCACCCCUGAAAUGUGGGAAGAUCUCAUCUUAAAAGCCAAAAAUGGAGGACUUGAUGUGAUCGAUACUUAUGUUUUCUGGAAUGGGCAUGAACCUUCUCCAGGAAAUUAUAAUUUUGAAGGAAGAUAUGAUUUGAUUCGGUUUGUGAAACUGGUUCAGAAAGCUGGGAUGUAUAUGCAUCUUCGAAUUGGACCAUUUGUUUGUGCAGAGUGGAAUUUUGGAGGUUUUCCUGUUUGGUUGAAGUAUGUUCCUGGAAUCAGCUUUAGAACUGAUAACGAACCUUUCAAGAUGGCAAUGCAAAAGUUCACCACAAAAAUAGUGGAAAUGAUGAAGUACGAAAAAUUGUUCGAGUCACAAGGUGGCCCAAUUAUUCUCUCUCAGAUAGAGAAUGAAUAUGGGGCAGAAAGCAAAGCAUAUGGUGCAGCUGGUCAUGCUUACUUGACUUGGGCUGCCAAAAUGGCUGUUGGAUUGGACACUGGUGUCCCGUGGGUCAUGUGCAAGCAAGAUGAUGCUCCCGAUCCUAUUAUAAAUACUUGCAAUGGGUUCUAUUGUGAUUAUUUCUCUCCAAAUAACAAAGAAACAAAACCUACAAUGUGGACAGAGGCUUGGAGCGGAUGGUUCUCGGAUUUUGGUGGACCGGUUCCCCAUCGACCCGUUCAAGAUUUGGCGUUUGCAGUUGCCCGAUUCAUUCAAAAGGGAGGCUCGUUCACGAAUUAUUACAUGUAUCACGGAGGAACAAAUUUUGGAAGGACAGCCGGAGGCCCGUUCAUCACUACCAGCUACGAUUAUGAUGCUCCUAUAGACGAAUACGGUUUGCUAAGGCAACCAAAAUAUAACCACUUGAAGGAGCUUCAUAAAGCUAUAAAAUUAAGCGAACGAGCACUCGUUUCAGCUGAUCCUACUUUUAUUUCCUUAGGAACCUACGAACAGGCACAUGUAUUUUCUUCAAAAACCGGAGGUUGUGCUGCGUUUUUAGCCAAUUAUCAUCUCAAUUCAUCCACAACAGUCACAUUCAGAAACAUGCAUUACAAUCUGCCUCCAUGGUCAAUCAGCAUUCUUCCUGAUUGCAAAAAUGUAGCUUUCAAUACAGCUCAGAUUGGAUCAAAGACAUCUCUUGUAAAUAUGUUGCCAACACAUGUGAAUAGACUUCCAUGGCAAACUUUCAGUGAAGAUGUUUCAUCUGUUGAUAUUGGAUCAAAGAUGAUAGUUUCUGGUUUGUUGGAUCAGUUGAGUGUAACUAGAGAUGCAAGUGAUUAUCUUUGGUAUUCAACCAGUGUUGUGAUAAAGCCAUGGGAAAUACACGGGAAUAGUGUUCCGACGCUAACAGUGGAUUCCCAAGGCCAUGCUUUACAUGUUUUCAUCAAUGGCCAGCUAUCAGGAUCGGCGUUCGGAAAUCCAGAAAAUAAGAACGUUAAGUUCACCGGAAACGCUAAUCUACACGCCGGAAUAAACAAGAUCUCGCUGCUAAGUGUCGCCGUAGGGUUACAAAACAACGGGCCACAUUUUGAGCUAUGGAAGACUGGAGUUUUAGGACCUGUUGUGUUACACGGAGUAGAUCGUGGAUCGAGGGAUAUUUCCAGGCAGAAAUGGUCAUACAAGGUAGGCCUGAAGGGAGAAUCGCAAAAUUUAGCGUCGCCGACGGGGGUUUCUUCAGUAGAUUGGAUUGAAUCAUCGUUGCUUCAACAAAACCAUAGGCCACUUACUUGGUACAAGGCUUAUUUCAAUGCACCAGAAGGGGUUGAGCCUCUAGCUAUUGACAUGAAGAGAAUGGGAAAGGGUCAAGUAUGGAUCAAUGGUCAAAGCAUAGGAAGAUAUUGGACAAUUCGUGCAAAAGGGAGUUGUACCGGAUGCAACUAUGCUGGUACUUUCCGACCCGCCAAGUGUCAAACUCGUUGCGGAAAACCAACCCAAAGAUGGUACCAUGUCCCUAGAUCAUGGUUGAAGCCAACACAAAAUUUGAUAGUUGUGUUUGAAGAAAUGGGUGGGGAUCCAUCGACUAUUUCUAUUAUGAGAAGAACGUUAAAGUGAAGAUCAUAUAUAUACAAGGAAAAUAGGUGUUGUGAAGCUCAUUGAGACCUCUACCAGAGAUGUCAAAAAGUAUAGGAUACGAAUUUUGAGAUGUUUAUCCCACAUGCUAUACGAUUAUUUAAAAUUAUUGUGGUAAAAGAUGUAAUUUUUAUAAGGUAUAAGAUUAUACAAGAUAAAAGUCGAAAGAUACCAUAAAAAGGUUAAUUGUAUGGAAUGGUUGUUGGAAAGGAGAAAGUUCUUGUGAUUUA